AUGAUUAGCUCGAAGAUCGUGGCAACAGUUAUUGUAGCUGUUGGCUUUUCUUCUUCCACUUUGGCUUGCGUGAAUUUUAAAGGAAGAACAAACGGGCAAAUGACUGUAACCGAUGAUGUGACCGGUGAGGAAACCGAAACAUGCCAGGGCGGUACACUCCCUGGGGAUAAUGACCUUGACUGCAUCGAUGGGUUCUCCCUGAACUAUGAUUACUCGGAUAACCCAGAAGAAGGGGGCAUGCCAGUGACUUAUUGUAAUGAACACGCAUGCGGGUCUAUCACUAUUCCGUUUGAUGUUACCGGGGCGUAUGACUCCGAUUUUGACUAUGACUACGGCGAUGAUUGUUGA